CUGGUUAAAGGAGGACGUGAGUAAACGUAUUAACCCCAGGAAGUAGAAGGAAUGAGGUUAAAAAAAUAGUUGGAAUGGCUUCAGGAGACAUGGUACCUGAACAUGCCAAACUGCAAAAGCAAAAGGAGAAGGAACAUCGUGAGAAAACUUUAGAAGAAGAAUCUGAGACUGAUGGAAAAUUUGUGUUUGAAGCACAUGAAGCUUGGAAAGAUUUUCAUAGAUCAUUGUGUCGUUUAUAUGAUGUGGGAGAGCUGUGUGACAUAACACUAAAGGUUGGAAACAAGUUAAUACCAUGUCACAAACUAGUUUUGGCUUGUGUGAUUCCAUACUUUAAGGCCAUGUUUUUGUCUGAUAUGGCUGAAGCAAAACAAUCUUUAAUUGAAAUUAAAGACUUUGAUGGCGAUGCAAUCCAAGAUUUGGUAAAGUUUGCCUAUACCUCCAGGAUCACUCUCACUGUGGACAAUGUUCAACCUCUUCUUUAUGCUGCCUGUAUUCUUCAGGUGGAGCUUGUUGCACGAGCUUGUUGUGAGUACAUGAAAGCUCAUUUUCAUCCUUCGAACUGCUUGGCAGUCAGAGCAUUUGCAGAAAGUCACAAUCGCAUUGACUUAAUGGAUAUGGCUGACCGAUAUGCUUGUGAGCACUUUAAUGAGGUUGUAGAGUGUGAGGACUUUCCCUGCAUCUCUCCUCAGCACCUCCGAAGCCUUCUGUCAUCCAGUGAACUCAGGAUUGAAAAUGAAAAACAAGUUUACAGUGCAGCAAUCAAAUGGCUUAAAGCUAAUCCAGAGCAUCAUGCUGCCUGGUUGGAUGAAAUACUUUGUCAGGUGCGUCUACCACUGUUGCCUGUGGAAUUUCUCAUGGGAACUGUUGCAAGAGAAGAAAUGAUAAAAUUCAACCUAAAAUGCAGGGAUCUUCUAGAUGAAGCUAGAAACUAUCACCUUCAUUUGAGCAACAAAGAAAUCCCAGGCUUUGAAUACUCCAUGCGCACAAUUCCUAGGAAAUACACAGCAGGUGUACUUUUUUGUGUUGGGGGCAGAGGAGGAUCAGGAGACCCUUUUCGUAGUAUUGAGUGCUAUUCUGUUAGUAAGAACAGCUGGUUUUUUGGCCCUGAGAUGAAUAGUAGAAGGAGACACGUGGGAGUUAUCUCUGUUGGAGGUAAGGUGUAUGCAGUUGGAGGUCAUGAUGGCAGUGAGCAUCUUGGCAGUAUGGAAGUGUUUGACCCUCUGACAAACAAGUGGAUGAUGAAGGCUUCAAUGAAUACCAAAAGGAGAGGAAUUGCCUUAGCAGCAUUAGGUGGACCUAUUUAUGCGAUUGGUGGCUUGGAUGACAAUUCCUGUUUUAAUGAUGUGGAAAGAUAUGACAUUGAAUCUGAUCGUUGGACUUCUGCAGCCUCGAUGAUCACUCCACGAGGGGGUGUUGGCUCUGUUGCUCUUGGGAAUUAUGUUUAUGCUGUGGGUGGAAAUGAUGGUGUGGCCUCUUUGUCUAGCAUUGAGCAAUAUAAUCCUCAUCUAGACAAAUGGAUUGAGUUGAAAGAGAUGGGUCAACGAAGAGCUGGCAAUGGUGUUAGUGAACUUAACGGCUGUUUGUAUGUGGUUGGAGGUUUUGAUGACAACUCACCUUUGAGCUCUGUAGAGCGUUUUGAUCCUCGAACCCAUUGCUGGGAAUAUGUGGCAGAACUAACUACACCUCGAGGAGGGGUUGGUGUUGCAACUGUCAUGGGUAAAAUAUUUGCUGUCGGAGGACAUAAUGGAAACAUCUAUUUAAAUACUGUGGAAGCCUAUGACCCCAUUCUGAACAGGUGGGAAUUAGUAGGAUCAGUUUCACACUGUCGUGCUGGAGCAGGUGUAGCAGUAUGUGGAUGUCAUAUUAGCCAGAUUCGAGAUGUGGGCCAAGGAUCAAGCAAUGUUACUGACUGCAUGUGACAGUCGUCUUAUAUAAUUAUAAUGCCUCUGUCUUUGUAUCAGGGAGUACAUUUUCUGGGCUUUUCGUGAUCAGUGUUUACUUUUAUUAGUUGGACUACUGAUGCAAAAUAAUGCACACUGUUAUAUUUGUCAGGUAUCAUUGAGAAAGGUAACUUUAGUAAUCUACAAAUGUUAACAAAUAGUGGUGGCAUUUUGGUGUUUUUCACAAGUUCUUGCAUUAGUAGAAUUACUAAGUAUAAUGUAAAAAGUAAUCAGGUUGUUUCUAAAAUAAUUUAUGGAAAUGGUAUUUUUUUAGUGUAUUUCACAUAUUUUGUAAAUUUUGUGCAUUGUAUUUUUUUCCUUUUAGGAUAUAGUCAGAAUCUGUGUUUUGUGUGUUCUAAGAAACUUAUGAAAAGCACUUUCCUUGGCGGUGGUUUAAAGUUUACUG